AUGGAUUCAAAGUUAGUCACUGAGUGGUGUCAGACCUGUAGAGUGGACUUAGACAAAGCACUUGCAUUAAUAGUCCCCAGUACUGAAAUGUCCCGCCGUCAGCUUUAUGAUUUGAUGGAAAAGAUUAUCCCAGGAGAACAUUGUUUAAUUAGAGAUAUCAAAGUAAAUAGGGACACAGAAGAGGAGAGGACCAAUGUUCUGUUUGAGUGGGAGACACCAGUGUCAGCGUUAGAUUUCCCUGAGGACUUUGAAUUUGGGAAAGAGGGACUCAAAGCUAGAUUGGUUCGACCAGAGUUUUUGCCUGGAAACAAGUCAGUAGAUGCAAAUGACAUGGUCACCACCUCUGGGUUAGUACAAGCACUGACCGAAGUAAUGAGUAAAUGUGCGACUCUGGGCCAGAAAUCUUUGGCAUCUGAAUACCGCAAGUUAAAGUUCUUCUCAGGGACUCAGCCCACACCAAAUGGGGAGGAGGAGUUUGAACCCUGGCUGGAUCAAGUGCUUCAAGUAAUAGAAGAAUGGAAUGUGUCGGAAGCUGUUAAGAAACAGCGAGUUGCCGAAAGUCUCAAAGGGGCGGCCGCAGAAGUGAUCAGAAAUCUAAGACUGAGCAAAAGGGCCUGCUCUGCUAGAGACUACUUGAACGCUUUACAAGAUGUUUUUGGGCGAACUGAGACAGUGGAGGAGCUUCAAUAUAAGUUCACGCAUACCUAUCAGACGGAGGGGGAGAAAUUGUCCCAGUAUAUUAGGCGGUUGGAUCGAAUUCUUCAUCAACUAAUGCUCAAGAAGGGGAUAAACUCAGACCAAGUAGAUCAGAAAAGAGUUCAGCAGAUAUUUCAGGGUGCAUUGCCUCUAGAUCCCAUCAUGAUAAAAAUGCGGGCACAAACAAACCAGACACCUUUAAUGUAUCAUCAGUUGGUGAAAGCUGUCAGAGAGGAAGAAGCUGUAUUGGAAGAGAGGAGCUCCUCUCAGGUACAAACAGGAGCAAUGGUUCACAGCGCCUCUAGUUCCGAAGCAUCACAGAUACAGUCACAAGUGGCCACAUUAGCAGAUGCAAUAACACAGAUUGUCAAGACAGUAGAGGGGCUACAGAAGACAGUCAAGACACUAGCAGAAGAGAAGCAAACAGAGGCAGCAUCCACAGGUAUGGCAGUCAGAAGAGAAUUGAAUGCAGUCAGAUCAAGAGCAUUUGUUGGAUUCUGUUACCGAUGUGGAGAGACAGGACACAUGAGACGGAGAUGUCCGAAUCCUGAGAAUCUAAGGAGAGUAAAUGAAAUGUUUUUGGCGAACUCGACGCAGGGAAACUUCAGAGGGCCUCAGUGA